ACCUUGUUUUCGGUUUUCAGGAGGAUUAUAGUACGUGUUGCUUGGCUUACGUGUCAUACAAGUUAGUAUAUGUUUCUUAUUAGUUAUCCACUCAUUCUUCUGAAGGAAUAAAGUUGGAAUUAUUGUGGAGCCAGACAUUAACAAUGGUGUUAGCUGACCACAAAGAUUUGAUAGCAACAGCUGCCACCACAGUUACAAUCCUCCAGUUUUUAAGUGGAAUUGUCAUAUGUCGCAAAAUUGUCAAACAGUCAUCAACUGGAAACAUAUCUGGCUUCCCCUUUGUUGGAGGAGUAUUUUCCACAAGCACAUGGCUUACAUACAGCCUGCUACUGGGUGAUGUGUCGAUGAAAUUAACCAAUGUUGUGGGUCUACUUUUACAUGUGUGUUACUUGCUGGUGUACAUAAAGUACUGUAUUGCCCCAGGACCAUGGUACUCCACCAGGAGACAGUUGAUGCUGUUCUCCACUGUUGUUUUUGUGAUCCAGUACUAUGUAUUCUUCUCAGGUGUAAAUGUUGAGAUCAUCAAAAACCGUGUGGGCAUGAUGUGUUGUGUUGGAAGCAUCAUCUUCUGUGCAUCUCCUCUCAUAUCACUGAAGGAUGUGUUCAACACCCAGAGUACAGAGAUGCUGCCCUUCCCCCGUAUAUUUGCAACCUUCAUUAUGGCUGGACUUUGGUGGCUGUAUGGAAUUAUUAUUGAGAAUAGCUUUGUCCAGUACCCAAAUCUGAUUGGGUUUGCCCUUUCAGGUUUUCAACUCCUUCUCUUCAUUGUUUACCCAAGCAAGAUGAAAGGUAACUUAGUACUGUACACUAGUUUAUGUGGCUGACUUUCUGCUGAAACAGUCUUACACUACAGGGUAUUUAUGCUUACUUAUCUAUAUAUCUCUACUGGUGCAGAUUUAAGAAAUAAUUUGAGACUGUGUAUGUAUAUGUAUGUUUUCUUUUCUACCCAUCAAGUAUAAGAGUGCAUAGAGGGUUGUAAGAGUGUAAAAAUCUUAUUAUUCUUUAAAUACUGUACUGUACUUUAUUGGGAAAAUUGAUCAAGUGUUGAUAGUUUGAUCAGGUUAGGCACCAAAGUAUAUUUCCUGGAUGUUAAGGGCUUAAAGACGAUAUAUAGUUAAACUUUGAUAAUGUCCCUGUAAACAAAAAGAAAAAUCAGUGUGUGGUUAAUCUAAAGCAGAAUAUUAAAGUAUGUGAACUAAA